AUGGAUGAAUUGAAGAGUUUUCUCAAGCAGGCAGGAAAAGAAUUCCUAAAUGUGGCCGGUGAUGCAGCAGUGGGUGCGGCAAAAGAAGUUGUCGGCUCGGUCAUCAACGAAAUAUUUAUUAAAAAAGAGGCUGAUACCAAACGUGUUCUUCCAAGCAUUAAAAAUAUGCGUGUGCUUGGCGAAAAGGGCAGCGGUACACGGGUGCAAGCAGACAUCCAAGACUUUGAGUCCAUCCGGAGCAUGUGCCUAGCAAACGGCUCCUUAUUUGAGGAUCCGCUGUUUCCAGCCAACAACGAGUCUCUUCUGUUUUCACAACGACCCGAUCGACACAUUGAAUGGAUGAGACCGCAUGAGAUCGCUGAUGAUCCACAAUUCUUCGUGGAGGGCUAUUCGCGUUUCGAUGUGCAACAAGGCGAAUUGGGCGACUGUUGGUUGCUCGCCGCCACUGCCAAUCUAACGCAGGAUCCAAAUCUAUUCUUUCGCGUUGUGCCACCAGAUCAAAGYUUCGAGGAAAGUUACGCUGGUAUUUUUCACUUUUGCUUUUGGCAGUAUGGUAAAUGGAUUGAUGUGGUGGUCGACGAUCGUCUGCCGACAUAUCGYGGCGAAUUGAUGUAUAUGCAUUCCACUGAGAAGAACGAGUUUUGGAGUGCACUGUUGGAGAAAGCCUAUGCCAAAUUACAUGGCUCAUAUGAAGCACUAAAGGGCGGCACCACUUGUGAGGGUAUGGAAGAUUUUACCGGCGGUGUAACGGAAUGGUAUGACCUUAAAGAGGCACCGCCAAAUCUAUUCAACAUUUUACAUAAAGCUGUCGAUCGUAACUCCUUAAUGGGUUGCUCCUUAGAGCCCGAUCCGAAUGUUUUGGAGGCUGAGACGCCACAAGGGCUGAUACGUGGCCACGCAUACUCGAUAACGAAAGUUUGUUUACUCGAUAUUGCUGUACCCAAUCGGCAAGGUAAAAUACCAAUGAUACGUAUGCGUAAUCCCUGGGGUAAUGAGGCCGAAUGGAAUGGUCCGUGGAGUGAUAGUUCACCCGAAUGGCGUUAUAUACCCGAAGAUCAGAAACAGGAAAUCGGUUUAACAUUUGAUCGUGAUGGUGAAUUUUGGAUGUCAUUUCAAGAUUUCCUCAAUCAUUUCGAUCGUGUUGAAAUCUGUAAUUUAUCACCUGAUUCACUUACCGAGGAGCAGCAAAAUAGCGGUAAACGACGUUGGGAAAUGUCUAUGUUUGAGGGUGAAUGGACGCAAGGUGUAACAGCUGGUGGUUGUCGUAACUUUUUAGACACCUUUUGGCAUAAUCCACAGUAUGUAAUAACACUAGCCGAUCCGGAUGAAGAUGAUGACGAUGGSAAGUGUACGGUUAUUGUAGCGCUGAUGCAAAAGAAUCGUCGUUCCAAGCGUAAUAUGGGCAUGGAAUGUUUGACAAUCGGUUUUGCCAUUUAUCAUCUAAGCGAAGAUGACUUACACACCCGACCACAGGGUGUGAAUUUCUUUAAAUAUCGUGCAUCCGUUGGACGUUCGCCACAUUUCAUUAAUACCCGUGAGGUUUGUGCACGUUUUAAGCUACCACCUGGUCAUUACUUAAUUGUACCAUCAACCUUUGAUCCAAAUGAGGAAGGUGAAUUCGUUAUUCGUGUUUUCUCGGAAACUCAGAAUAACAUGGAAGAGAAUGACGACCAUGUUGGAUAUGGAAGCCCGACUGAUGAUAAGGUGUUGCCAAAUCUUCCAAACCCAAUGGAUCCCAGACCGAACGAAGGACAUAAUGAAAGUCUUUUGAAACUUUUCAAAAGUAUUGCCGGUCCAGACAUGGAAGUGGAUUGGAUGGAAUUGAAACGGAUAUUGGAUCAUUCAAUGAAAGAUGGUUUACCAAAAAGUACAAGUUAUACACCGUACAAUUAUAAUGUGCAAAACGCUGACGUUGGCGGUGGCGCCCCGGCUGAGGGCGGUGGCCUCAAUAUCUUAGCGCUUAUUUGUGGUCCAUUUUGCAAGGGUACACCAUUUGAGAGCAUCUUUUCGGAGGACAACGCACAAAAUCCUUCAAAUGCAAAUCAAACCAAGCCUGGCGGUUAUAUGGGAUUGCCACCAGUAAUAAUGGAGGAGAGUAGUAAUGGUUUCUCGAAGGAUGUCUGCCGCUCCAUGGUUGCCAUGAUGGAUGUCGAUCAGUCGGGUAAACUGGGCUUCGAGGAGUUCGAAGCGCUACUCACCGACAUAGCAAAAUGGAAAGCCGUAUUUAAGCUUUACGAUCCGGAAAAUACCGGACGCAUUGAUGGCUUUAAAUUGCGUGAUGCGCUCAACUCCGCCGGCUAUCACCUCAACAAUCGUAUACUCAAUGCGUUGGCACAUCGUUAUGGUUCGCGCGAUGGUAAAAUUUCAUUCGAUGAUUUCCUUAUGUGUGCAGUCAAAAUUAGAACUUAUAUUGAUAUAUUCAAGCAGCGGGACACCGAAAACAAAGAUGUGGCUACAUUCAGCAUGGACGAAUGGAUAGAAAAAACUAUAUAUUCAUAAAAUAAAUUUCAUAACUACUUAUUAUACAUUAUUUUAGCUGAUGAAUCUCGCAUAACUCGAAUCCAAUUACAUACACACACACACACAUAAACCUUAUCCAAAAGUUAUCUUAUUUCUACAGAAAAACAUACAUUUUUUUCUUUUCUAUUGAUGAUUAAUAUUGAGCAAUGAAUCUCAUUUGUCGAAUACUUUUAUGCUAACUGCCCAGUGUCUUUGCUAACGUUUCCAAAAUUUAAAAUUACCAAGUUAAUUCUCUCUCUACAUCUCAUUCGUCACAUAGUCUAUCUUCAAACGUAUGUAUGUUAAAGAUUUUGAAAUCAUUUUUGCAAAUUUGUCUAAACGAACAAAGAAAAUGAACAACACCAAAUAUUAGUAAAAAAAAUUUACUUAAAUUUAAAUUAAUCAAAUCAAAAUUAAAUUUAACUUAAACUAAUCCGCGUAUACCAACAACUUUUCAAAUAUAACUUGUAURCAAUCGUACACCGUGUGAAAAGUACAUAUUGUGCAUUUGUUGGUGUAAAUACUAUUUGCAUAGCACAAUUACAAUAAUUUUAUAAGCUGCACUUUCCUUAUAAAUUUGUGAGAAGAAAAAAUGAACGAUUGCCUUACUGUCAGAAGUAUAUUUUUCAUACUAAUUUUUAUUAGUGGACUUUUGCUGUAACUGCAAAACAUAAAUUACCUCAGUCAAUACGUAACAACAGCUGUUAUGCUCUAAAGACAGUAACUAUUACAGUCAACGUUUAAAGACGCGUAAGCAUAGAUAAAUUGUAUAUUUGUUCUUGUUUUUGUUUGAAAUUUUAGUAACAAAGUUAAGCAAUUAUAUGUAUUAUAUCGAGUGCUGUAUUUUUGUAUUGCAAUUUUAUAUCAUAAAAAAAUAUUGUUAAAAUUAACUGCUGCAAUAAAAUGAA